GGCGGGCGGGGCGGGCCGCGGCAGGGCGCCGGCCAAGGGCAGGGAGCCGCUCCGCCCGCAGCGCCAGGAGUCCGAGGGCUCUGUGGACUGCCCCAACCUGGAAUUUGAGUAUGGAGAUGCUGACAGCUGCGCUGCUGAGCUAUCAGAACUCUACAGCUACACAGAAGAGCCAGAGUUUGCCAUCAACAGGAAAUGCUUUCAGGAGGAUUUUCAGACCCAAGACCCUCCUGGAGUCCUGGAACGCGGAGAGGGAAGAGCCGUGCCAUUCGGUCAGCUGAGAUUUGUCGCCACUCCAGCACGUGUCUCUCCUGCAGCGAAGGGGCGCCGGUGGUCGGAGCUGGAUGCAUCUCAGCAGAAGGCCUACGUGAUGCGGCUGCUGGACGGGCUGGAAGUGGUCAACAGAGACAAGAGGCUCAAAGUGGCCAGGGCAAUUCUGUAUCUGGCACAAGGGGUCUUUGGGGAGUGUGAGACCGAGGCGGAAGUCCUCCACUGGGCUCGCUACAACAACUUCCUGUUGUACCAGAUGGGAACGUUCACAGCCUUCCUGGAGCUGCUCAACAUGGAGAUGGCAAACAGCCAAGCAUGCAGCAGUGCCCUGAGGAAGCCAGCCAUCUCCCUGGCCGACAGCACUGCCCUCAGGCUGCUGCUGAGCGUCAUGUACCUGAUGGUGGAAACCAUCCGGGUGGAGAAGGAGACAGACCCGCCGGAGUGGAAAACCUCCCGAGAAACCUUCCGGACCGAACUUAGUUUCCCCGUACACAGCGAAGAGCCCUUCGCCCUCUUGCUGUUCACCAUGGUGACCAAGUUCUGUAGUGGGCACGCUCCGCACUUCCCCAUGAAGAAAGUCCUGCUGUUGCUGUGGAAGGUGUUGGUGUUCACUUUGGGCGGUUUCGAAGCCCUCCAGGCCAUGAAGGUGAAGAAGCGGGAAGAGGUGGGCCUCCCGCCCCUGCCAGAGGACAGCAUCCAAGUCAUGCGCAGCAUGCGGGCGGCUUCCCCUCCGGCCUACGCCAUUGAACUGAUAGAGCAGCAGCAGCAGCAGCAGCAGAAGAGAGGACACCGGAGCCGGAGGCCCCUGAUGAAGCAAGACAGCUUGGACAUCUACAAUGAGAGGGACCCCUUCAAGAACGACGAGGCGGCAGCAGAUGAGGACGAGAUUGAUGACAUUGACAACGGGAUUGAAGGGGAAGUGGAUAUGAUGGAGCGGGACACUGUCGUGCAGCCUGUCUUGGUGUCACGCCCGCCAGUCGAGAGGGUCUCCUUCCCGAAGGGGCUUCCCUGGGCCCCCAAAGUCAGACAAAAAGAUAUAGAACAUUUCCUGGAGGCCAGCAGGAACAAAUUCAUUGGCUUCACGCUUGGGCAGGACACGGAUACCUUGGUGGGGCUACCGCGCCCCAUCCACGAAAGUGUGAAGACUCUGAAACAGCACAAGUACGUCUCCAUCGCCGAUGUGCAGAUCAAGAACGAAGAGGAGAUGGAGAAGUGCCCCCUGUCUUUGGGGGAAGAGGAUGUUCAGGAGACCCCCUGCGAACUACUGUAUCGGGUGAUGUUGUACAACUUACCACAAUACAUGAUAGCUCUCCUGAAGAUCCUGCUAGCUGCUGCUCCCACCUCCAAAGCCAAGACGGACUCCAUCAACAUCCUGGCGGACGUCUUGCCCGAGGAGAUGCCCAUCACCGUCCUCCAGAGCAUGAAACUGGGCAUUGACGUGAACAGGCACAAGGAGAUCAUCGUGAAAAGCAUCUCGGCUUUGCUGCUGCUCCUCCUGAAACAUUUCAAACUGAACCACAUUUAUCAGUUUGAAUAUGUCUCUCAGCAUUUAGUUUUUGCCAACUGCAUCCCGCUGAUCUUGAAGUUUUUCAACCAGAAUAUCAUGUCCUACAUCACUGCCAAAAACAGUAUCUCAGUUCUGGAUUAUCCCUCCUGCACUGUCCACGAGUUACCAGAGCUCAAUGCUGAAAGCUUGGAAACGGGAGACAACAACCAGUUCUGCUGGCGGAACCUCUUCUCCUGCAUCAACCUGCUGAGGAUCCUCAACAAACUGACCAAGUGGAAACAUUCCCGGACAAUGAUGCUGGUGGUUUUCAAGUCUGCCCCUAUCCUGAAACGAGCUUUAAAAGUGAAGCAAGCCAUGAUGCAGCUUUACGUCCUGAAGCUGCUGAAGAUCCAGACCAAGUACCUGGGGCGCCAGUGGCGCAAGAGCAACAUGAAGACCAUGUCUGCCAUCUACCAGAAAGUGCGCCACCGCAUGAAUGACGACUGGGCUUAUGGCAAUGAUAUUGAUGCUCGGCCAUGGGACUUCCAAGCGGAAGAAUGCACUUUACGAGCCAACAUUGAAGCAUUUAAUAGUCGUCGAUAUGAUAAACCCCAAGACUCUGAAUUUGCGCCAGUGGACAACUGCUUGCAGAGCGUAUUGGGGCAGCACCUGGAACUUCCCGAGGAUUUCCAUUACUCCUACGAAGUCUGGUUGGAGAGAGAAGUGUUCUCACAGCCCAUCCACUGGGAAGAAUUGCUUCACUAUCAGUAACAGGACUGGGAAGCUGAAACGGAACCAAAUAAUCAUCUCGCUUUGGAUAACCCGCACUGUGUCCAAGGAGAAAGGGGAGAUUCUUCUAUGCUCGGGGGCUCUUAUGCCUGGCAGGAAAUGUUACACUGAGUUGCCUUGUUAGGCCCCCCUCAAUAAAAUGCCCUCAAGUUUGUUAGUAUCUUCCCUUUCCCCCAACUCUAGUCUAGUGUAAAUGGGCUUGCAAGGUGCAAUUGAGGUCCUGAGUCUCAUCUAUUUGCAAAGAUAUGAUAUAAUAUUUUGGGUGUGCAGAUUUUCAGUCAGAUGGGCUUUUCUGGUGCUGGGAGAGCAGAAGAAGAACUUGGAGCUUUCCAAAGUGGGCAGAGACCCAGAUGUGUCCUCUUUGCCAUACAGCUGUUCUUUAUGUCCCUCCAACAGGUGGUUGCUGGUGCUCCCAACACAUUAUUAAGCAACUGAAGGCUGGAUAAACAGCUCCUGUGGGCCCAUGGGCUAUAACUUGUUCACCUCUUUUAUAUAUUUUUAAGGUCUGAUACUGGAUUUCUUCCUUUGCUUGCCUUGAUACGAAAGUUGUUAUCUACACCAUGUUUUCUACAAUCUGAGCAGUUCCUGUAACUGCGUACCUCCUGAACAAAUGUGUGCAUUUGAAAUGUAACAUGCAAUUUGUUUCACAGAAUCCUAAACACUACGAACUCCCUGGCUGGGGAUGAAAGAAAGCUUGGGCACUUGCACGUGGCAAUUCCAUGAGUAUUCAAACGUGAAAACUGCCCUUUAGGUAUAAUGUGAGCUCCAAUUAUAGCUUGGUGCAUGUUACCCCCAGAGUGAAAAGUUCUUUGUAUAAGUUUUCUAGAAUUAUCUCCAUUUAAGCAUGUUACAGGAUGUGUUUUGCCUGUUUACUUGUAAAGAUGGUUUUAUGCUUCAUGAAACCUGUCCCAAAUGCCGCCUAUAACACAGUGGGGCUGCCAUGCCAAAGACAGGGCAGAACCACGAUCUGUCCAAGGACCUGCGAAUACCUAAAGGUAGCCCAUAUCUCGCCUGAAAACUUCAGGGUUAAUGGAAAGCUCUUUGUGAUAUUUUUCAAAGAUAAAGACUCCCUGUUAUCCUAUAUAUAAAGAAACCUGCAAAUGUCUUGUAUAAAUGGGUAAUGCAUAUAUUUAGCUCCCAGCCAGAAAUGUGGACUUAAAAUUCAGAAAAUAUUCCAUGGAUCAUUGGUAUGUUUGGGAAUCAGAAAUGCGUGCUAUCCAUUCAAGAAAAGCAUCCGUACAUUUUAAGGGCACAAAGGUCACCUUGGGCUUUUAAUUUAUUGUAUGAGGAUUCAUCUGUCUGUCUAAGCUCCUCUUGUAGAGCAAGGGGCAGUUUUAUCUUUUAUUGGGGUGGUUCUUAAUUUGCAUACCAGAAAUUCAGUUUUUAUUGUUGCAGAAUGUAUAGUAUUUGGUAAACAGAACUGCACAUCAAUAGUUUAUUUGGAAAGCGCACAACUUCCAAAGGAUUGUGUACUAAUGUCUCUGUUACUAUGGAGUGAGAAUGAUCGUAUCCUAGUGUGAGUUGCUUUAAAGCAUUUUCUCAAGGAAAUGACUAUGUUAAGUCCACUUUUUAUAAGCAGAGGUUGCAGUUAAAAAUAAAAGUAUCUCUUUAAGUGCAUGUGUGUACAACGUUGCUCACUUCAGGGUGUCAAUACUUAAUAGAAGAUAACAAAAGAUGUGUUGCUUCUAAGAGCUAAAAGAGGUACAUUUUACUUUAUU